AACUUUUAACCCAAAAAAUUGAUAAUCCGACCGAAGAAGAAGUUGACAAACAAGUUAAAAGGAAUAAAGAAUACGAACAAAAUCAAGAGCAAGACAAAGCAAAGGAAAAAGCCGAAAGCACUAUUUACCGCUGA